AUGGACUUCUACGUUGUAGAGUUCCUGGAUGAUUGGAUAUCUAAGGAUCUAGCCGUUUUAGAGCUUCUCGCUACCUCUAACCUCAUCAAGGAGCUAUUAACCGCUGGUGCCGCAUCAUCUAGAGCAUCUACUAAAGAAGGUCGUCGUUUACGUUUCUCAUUCGUGAUCGUCUCACAAGCAGAUCCCCUUACGAGGAGAGAAUCAGCCACGCCACAAGAGCUCGAUGAGUUGCUAUUCAGACAUAGGUCUAAUAUCAGCAAUGGCGGCACCUUUGCAGCCUUCCCAGCCAUGGAUGUGCUCUACCAAAAUACUAAUCUAGAACGAGAUCCUCCACCGUACCUACUUCUAGCUAGUAUACGUUCCCACAAUAAGCUUCGCAAACGCGUUCUAGAUCACGAGCUAGCACGGAUAGAGAAAGGCCGAUUUUCGCUGAGCUAUUGCGUCGCUAUGGUUGGCGCGUCGACUGUCCAACGAGGGACGUAG